AUGACUGCAGGCGACAAGUACAAUGUGGAGGUCGAAGACCAUGGGGGCUGGGCGAAGGAGUAUCACGCGGCGCAGCGGCAGGAGCGCGAGAGUCAUCGCUGGACGAAUCUGCUCAAGCCGUCCGUCAUCGGGGCGCUUUUAGCCGUAGCUGGACGCAUUGUGGUGUGGCCUCUAGCGUUGCUGGUGGUCUUCACGUCAACCAGCUAUCUGUCGCACGGCAACGUCCUCAUUCUAGUCGAUGACAGCAUCUACGCGUUCACGGAGCAAGACCCGACGAUGGCUGGAGGGUGCACGGGAUGCCUGGGUCUUAACAAAGUCUGCUUGAUCAAGUACAGCAUCUUCGCGCAGGACGCGCUCAUCGGAGCGACAACGUUCAAGAGCUUCGCCGGACGCUCUCCAGAUCUGUCACUGUACGACUUCAGCACGUUAAGCGCGGAAGCUCUCGAGCUCGGAGAGAAACUCGACGCGAAAGGCGUGUACUGCCAGAGUGGAGUGAACGAGUGGGGGUCCAUGACUGCAGGCAUCGCUGGAAGUGCUCAAGACAUUCUGGACGUCGUGAAUACUCUGAACCUAAACAUCGCGCCGCAAUUCCAACGCGAACUCGAGAUUGCAGUGGCUGGUAAAGCUCUGUGCGAGUCGGGAUGGAACAUCUACACUAUCACACGGUUGUUCCUGUAUCCGACUGUCAAGGGCAGCAUCAACUUCGCCAGCAUCCCUGGCAUCGACUUCAAUAUCUUCCCAGACUACACCGAAUGCCGCCCUGAUGUGACUAUCGACGACAAUUUAGUUGGCUCCAAGCUCGCACUCGCAACUAACGGCGAAGACCUGCUAGCAGUAUUCCCGGAUCUACUCAAGUUGUUUCCGUACAACUUCGAGAGCAGCAUUCCUCCAGUGCCACGCGCUGCUCCGGCUGGAACGACAAAGUACGGCUUCACUUCCGUGCUGCAGCCUCUUUUCAAAGGUUAUUACGGCGGCUGCCGCGUUCGUGCUGUCAACACAACCGGCGUCUACAUUGAGGAUACCUGUGACGUCUCAAAGCGCUGGUCUUCCUACGGACUCAUGAUCCACUCCCCCGACGACAUUCCAAUGUGCUCCACGGGCGACGUGUGCAUUCACAACUACUUCAACUCGAUCUGGGAGUGGGUCAACUACGUCAACGAAGAUAAUCCGACGCGCAUUGGCAUGAACCUCAACACGUUUCGAAGCCGCUACGGCGACACCGUCGCCCUCAGUAUUUUACCGGGCAUUGUGGUCAUGCAGAUGCUGCUCAUGGGCAUGAUCAGUCUCUACCAGGUGAUGUCGCACAACCAAUCGGUGCUGCUGACGCAGAUUUGGGCCUAUCGCUGCCAGAAUGGACGCAUGCAGGUGGUCUACCUCGCGCAGAUCACGUACCACAUCGUCUACAAUUCUGACUUGUACAUGCUCGGCCUCUCGACGGGCACGUUGUCGACCGAGUCGGUCAUGAACCUCACGUGCUGCAUCUUCACCUUCUCGUACUCGUUCGUGAACUUGGCCAAGGCUCGAUCAGGAGAUCAGCAGCUGGAUCGCCACUUCCGCCUCACGUGGGAGACCAUGCAGAUCGUCAUCACCUCCACCGUGGCCGCCAUUCUGCUGUCCGUCCAAUCGACUCCUCUGGAAUUCAUCACGGCGCAGAACGGCGAAAUUCUACGCAAGACUUCCGCUCGCGGAGCCAAAUACUGCGGUCUGAACGACUCGUGCGUCGUGUACAAGACCAACUUGAUCAUCUUCAUCCUCAUCUUCUCGGUCGGUUUGGGUAUCGUGGCCGCUCUGUCUUCGCUCAUCGUCAAGCGCCUGAGUCCGAAGGUCAAGAGCGCCGUGAUGUCCGCCAGAAUGUCGCUGACGGGUCAAGGCAGCUUCAAGCACAGCCGAAGCAGUCGAACUUCAGUUCCGGAUCCGAAUGGAGCUCCUCCGACGAUCGAGGGUAUUAUCAAGAAGAAGUCCGUCAACGACGGUCUCACCUCCUUCGAACGGAACUGCAUCGGAGGACCAUUCCGAAAGUUGUUCCGAGACUGCGACGACAUGGCCUACGUCAUGUACAAGGGGAAGAGAUGCACGACUGUCGAGGCGCUUCUACUCACGGGGUAUCUGUACUACGGAGAGCACGUGUACCAGGCCUCGUCCGUGAUGAUGCUUCUGCUUGGACGCAUGCUGCCCAAAAAGAUGCUACGCACCUUCAACCUGCUGCUGCUGCGCUGGCACGUGGACAAGCAGACCGGAGCACUAACUCAAGUCUUGUCCUGUCCGUGGUACGCUGCCAGCCAGGAGAACCACUCGCUUAGCGGAGCCUCGCCCGUGCCUUAA